AUGGAAACCUUAUUAGACGAAAAGGAAAUGGAAGACCCGGAUUACCAAGCCGCGAGCAAAGAACAUAAGCGUGAGCAAGGAACACUUAGCACAAGACAACAAGACGCGAAAGACCAAGCCAUACAGAGAAUUGAACGGAUUAUUCGACAACAGUUCAGUUUUGAGAUUCACUUGAAGGAGAGAGAAAUCGAUAUUAUCGAUGAGAGAAUUAGUCAAACAAAGGCAAUGCUAGACAGACUGAGAGCUUGCGUUUUGGCGAAAUAUUAUGGCACCUCCGAACUCAGAGGAAAUCGUACAAGUGCUAGCAAAGCUGAAUUCUGUUCCAAGAGAUCAGCGCGGAAUGGCAUGAAGAAAGCUGAAUUUCAAAGAACUGAACCGCAAAAGGUAAAUAAAAGUAAUAGCUCUUUUAUAACAGAAGUUAAAGAUUCUUCAAAUGUAAACAAGCGUGCAUUUAAUGAUACGCUUACGAGCAAAUGUGCAGUUAGUCAAGAAGUCAAUUCAAACAAACCAGCUGAAACGGCAGUGAAAGGUGACCCUGUUGCUCCAAGCGAGAGCAGAAUUUUACUCUCUACCGAAAAUCAGGGAAAAUUAAUGGCCAGUAUUCAUAAGAACGUGAAUUUUGAUGCGGCAAAAACAUCACAGGGGCUUGAAUUUCCAAGUUUGUCGUCUACUAAACCAACCAGCGAGGGAAGCUCACCAAGUGUCAACAGAAGCUCUUCAAAUGUAUCAUCUCUGUCAGUCGCUUGCACUGGCUCACGAUUCUACUUGAAGAAACGUGUUAUUAUCGGUAACACAUCAAAGUACAUCCCCAUUGACAACCGUGAAGACAACGACAAAUCUACCCACAAGUGGAUGGUGUAUGUACGAGGUACCCCUGAGGACUCGCAUAUCGAACGAUUUAUAAAGAAGGUGUGGUUCUUUCUUCACCCAAGCUAUCGCCCGAACGACAUAGUUGAAGUGAACAAGCCGCCUUUUCAUUUGACCAGAAGAGGUUGGGGGGAAUUUCCGGUGCGAGUACAGCUACACUUUGUUGAUCCUAGAAACAAAAGAGUGGAUAUUAUCCAUGAAUUGAAGCUGGAUAGAACAUACACUGGGCUUCAGACAUUAGGCUCCGAAACUAUUGUGGACUUGGAGCUGGAUCGCAGAACAUUUGAAGACAACUGUAUAGCUCUUAAUCCAAGCUUAGAAGAAAGUUUUGCUACAAAUCUGAUUUCCGUUUCCACCAACAGUGAUCAACGUCCUUACAUUGACAACGCUAGCCUUAAUAAAGAGCAAACUAGAAUGUCAGCUUUGGUCAAGUUUCCGGCGAGUUUAGACAGUCCAAGGGAGCUCAAAAAAUUCAAAUUGGAGUCUCCACUCUCAGCGAGCCCGUCAUCGGUUCCGUCCACACCAGUAAACAGUCAACCAGCCUCUCGUUGUACAAGCCCAGAGCCCGAGUCAGAAAACGUUAAGGUGAAAAAGAUGUCGGAGGAAAUGCAUCAGCUUUUGCGAUCGGCAGUGAAAGAACACCCGUUAAUUCAACCUGAGAGAAACGUAAUAAAGUAUCCUUAUUGUUCGUCUUCAGUUGAUCAGUUCCGCAGCUGGAACAUCGCCAAGAGAAGAGCCUGUGAGUGGCAGAGGGCAGCGGCUGUUAGAAGAUCUAUUUGCCGAUGUACCCCUUCUUGUAAGCUGAGCACGAAAGAUAUCUUGUUGUGGUGUCGUCGGCUUGGUUACACGCCAUGUGAUAAAGUGGGUGAGAAUUGUAUGUUCUGUAAAUUUUGUGGGCAUUGUAUUGGUGAUGCGGCAUCAGAUGAAGCUCAAGAAGCGGCUACUCACAAAUGCGAGGAACAAACUUUCAACAGCUGUACGUCAGCAAGUCGUCUUUUCUCAGAAUUGGAAGGUAAAGAAAGUUGCCUUCCUAAUGUACCACUAACCUGCACUGAAUCAGAGAACUUGGAAGUAGAUGUCGUGGGUUUCUUUCCCGAAGAGGGAAAAAUUAAAUCGCCAGAAAAGAAGCCAAGAAUGCUCUCACUCUGCCCCACUCUGGAACAAGAGUGGAUACGUGAGGCGUGCAGCGAUAUCGGAAUCUCGCUCAAGCCUGUCGAUAUUGACGGCGUUUAUACUCAUGUAGUGGAAAGCCUCCUUUUAAUGGCAACUAAAAGGUUUGCCGACGAUAUUAUACGACGGUCUUGGGCUUAUGCCACUGACAAGACUGCGUCAUAUGGUUGUAGGCUCGUCACACCUAGUCACGUGCAUAAAGCCGUCUGUUCUCUAUCUAGCUGCGACUUUCUCCGGAAUUCGUACCUCGGCGAAGAGGUACCUAUGGACGAGAAGUAG